UAGUUAUGUGUGUGUAUUUUAUGACAUGAUGAGUGUUCACUAGGAUUUUGAUGUUUAUUCGAUAUUGAUGGCUAUGAUGGUGAUAACAUCGAGCAUGUUCGGUUUGAUUUCGAUUAUUCUUAUUCAAGGUUCAGCAGCUGUACAACGAUUCGAACAACAACCUUCCUACACAGAAGUUAAUCCUGGUCAGGAUGCUAUCCUCCUCUGCAAGGUUUUCAAUAAACGAGGUUUCUGCUCCUGGCAAAAAGAUCACAAGCCAAUGGGAAUGUACCCAAAUAAAUACGAGUGGCAUUCUCCAAAUCAAGAGAACGGCGACUGUUCGAUCUGGAUAAGAACUGCUCAGCUUGAAUUUGACGAUGGAAAGUGGGAGUGUCAAGUAACUGCUAGUGAUUUUCAUACUCAAGACGCACUCACGAGUUUACCUGCGCGAUUUGUUGUCAGAGUUCCGCCUCAGCGGCCUCGAAUCGAAUUCAACGGAUCUCAGGUACUUCCAGGCCAUAAUCUGACAGCAUUACAUGGAGAAGUUGUUACAACAAUAUGUAGAUCUCAUUAUGGAAAUCCACCUCCUGUGUUGAAAUGGUUCUUAAAUCAAACGGAAAUAACUCCUACGAGAAAACAGACAAACACCACAGAGUUGGAUAACCCAAGAACGUGGUUAGCUUUAUCUGUUCUGGAGUUGACUAUAUCUAAGGAGAAUCACGGAAGAAUGUUGCGAUGUGUUGCUGUUCAUGAAUCAUAUUCGACCAAAUCCAGUAGUAUAGAUGUAAGAUUGGACGUUAUGUAUAUACCUGAAACACGUCUGACAGGAAUACCAACUGAUGACGUGGAAGAUCUCAAGGAUACGGUCUCAAUACGUUGCUUAGUGGAUGCCAAUCCACGCGCAUCAGUUAUUUGGAAGAGAGAAGGACAAAUACAGCCUGCUGGUCUGCAGGAAUUACUACAAUUCAGUCCUGUUAUCAGAGCACAUUCGGGAUUAUACAGUUGCAUAGCAAGAAAUAAAGCUGGAGAGUCUCAACCUGCUCGUAUUCAUUUAGAUGUGAAAUAUCCUCCGAAGAUUGUUAGUAUCGGUAGGGAGAAAAUGAAAACAGCUUUAUUGUUCUCUCCGAUGUCUUUCGAAUGCAUGGGUGAAGGCAACCCUUCUCCCACCUACCAGUGGCUGCAGACACUUCCAUCACCGUCUAGCUUGGUCAUCGAGCGAUCCAGAGAUUCCAAAUUGUAUAUAUCAAACGUUACUUACGACUAUCAAGGAGAGUACACCUGCAGAGUUAGAAAUAUAAUAAAUGGGGAAGAAAGAAUAGAGAUCAGUGAGCCAAUCACUCUUCAAGUGCAUGGUGCGCCUCAAGUUCUUCGACAUUCCAGUGUACCAGAAAUCUUCGUGGAGAAGGGAGAGAACGCAAUUUUGAGUAUGGUGGUUUGUGCUGACCCUCGCCCAAGAAUUAUUGCGUGGGAAUGGGGAUCCCUCCGGUUAGAAGCAGGUUCAGAAAUGGGGAGGUACAGAGUAGAGAAUAUUAUUCAAGAACAGAGAGAAGACUGUUACAAAACGACGCUUCACAUCAGAGACGUAUCUGCAACAGAUUCCAGAGCAUAUUAUUUAUCUGUGGAAAACGAUAGUGGAACUGAUCGACAUGCGGUACAGUUGCAUGUGAGUGAACCUCUCCAGAUGUCUACAGUAGUCAGCUUAACAGGGGGACUGCUGGUGGUCUUUCUCCUCUCUAUUUGUGUGUUCAUAUAUAUCAUCAGAAGAGAGAAGUUUUGCUUUUCGAAACAAAGUGUCUUCAAACCCCCUGAGAUUGAUAGUCAAAAAUUAGAUUUCGAGAAAUCUACCACAGAUCCACAUGGAAUUCCUGCAGAUGCUGUCUAUACUACUACGAAUACCAGAAGUAGUCACCACCACACUGGUGGAAGUCCUGAAGCAAUGAAGCCAACACAUACAUUCAAUGGUAGAAGUAGUUUAGAGGAUAAGCCAAAGGAAAACAUCUACUCCGGUCUCCAACCACCCAAUGAAAGUCGAAUUGGAGAUUGCGAUUUCUCAUUCGGCUUCUUCGAUUCAGACAGUACAGAGAGGAGUUAUCAUCUAGAGCCAACGAAGUUUUAUAGUUUCAAUCCAAACCUUACGACAAAAUCGUACGACAAUUGGUCGUACAACACAUUGGCUCUGCACGGCAGUCACAAAUCGACCGUGCCAAACAUAGAUAAGUAUGCUCAUAGAUCCUCAUUUGUAAAUACUGAAAAUAAAAGUUCACUCAGAUCUUCGAACAGAUAUAACAAAAAUACGAAAGCGAGGCCCAGACCUCUGCAACUCGAAAAUGAAAAAUACUACGAUCUCGUUUUUCCGAAACAGCGUGCUAUCAACUUUUCUAAUUCGAAUUUCAAUUAUCAACCAGAUAGUCCAGAUAAAGCUGAAUUGUAAAUAAUUUUAUUGUAAUUCAAUUGUUGCAUAAUAUAUACUAACUGACAAAGAAACUGCUACACCCAGAAGGUGCUGUUUGAAUUUUAAUUUUUUUUGGUGAAACAUAGAUAGUAUAGCAAGAAGUAAACGAUCGAAGUUUGGAGAAAAAAUGAAGAGUUUACAAUUGUUUUUAAUAAAUUUGUUGAUAAUGUAUUUAUCCACCGAAAUUAUCUAUACACUCCCCAACACGUCUCGCAUUAAUGCAAU